AAUGCCAUUGAAAUAAAAAAAUUUACAUCAAGUCUAAUCAAAUAUUAAUAAAUAUUUUCUUAUAUUUAUUUUAAGUUUAUCACGAUUAAUAUGGUCAUAUUUAUGAUAGAUAGGUAGAUUUUAAUAUAAAAAAAAAUAUGUAUCGAUCAACUUUUCUUUGCUGUACAUUUAUCUUCAUAUUUUUUAUACAUUCCAAUCAAGGAGUAGAGAUCCCAGAAAAGUUUCAAAAAUCGAAUCAUACUAAUAACUGGGCCGUUCUGGUAGACACAUCACGAUUUUGGUUCAAUUACCGGCACGUAGCCAAUGUGUUAUCUAUUUAUCGUAGUGUCAAGAGGCUGGGUAUACCUGACAGCCAGAUUAUUCUAAUGAUAUCUGACGACAUGGCCUGCAAUCCACGAAACCCUCGUCCGGCGACAAUCUUCAAUAAUGCACAUGAACAGAUUAAUGUUUACGGGGAUGAUGUAGAAGUGGAUUACAGGGGAUAUGAAGUAUCUGUAGAGAAUUUUAUUCGGUUGCUAACUGGUAGAGUUCCACCAGACACACCCCGUUCUAAAAGGCUGCUUACAGAUGAAGGCAGCAACAUUCUGAUUUACCUAACAGGCCAUGGUGGAGAUGGUUUCCUUAAAUUCCAAGACUCAGAGGAAGUUACCAGUCAGGAAUUAGCUGAUGCUCUUGAGCAGAUGUGGCAAAAGAAAAGGUAUAAUGAAAUAUUUUUCAUUAUCGACACAUGCCAGGCAUCUUCCAUGUAUGAGAAAUUUUAUUCACCAAAUAUAUUGGCAACAGCUAGUAGUUUAGUGGGAGAGGAUUCACUUUCUCAUCAUGUUGAUUCUGCAAUUGGUGUUUAUAUCAUAGACAGGUACACUUAUUAUGUAUUGGAAUUUCUAGAAAAUGUACAUCCAACAAGCAAAAGGACUAUGUCUGAAUUUUUGGCAGUGUGUCCAAAAAGUGCAUGUUUAUCAACAGUAGGAGUUCGUCGAGAUCUAUUUAAACGGGACCCAGAUAAGGUGCCUAUUACUGACUUUUUUGGUUCAGUACGCCCAGUUAUUAUUACUACUGAGCCUAUUAACAUAAUAGACAUACCAAAGAGAAAGAAGACUAACACAAACAAAUCUGCAACACCAGAGAAGCAUGAAUAUAUGCCUCAAUUUCCUAUGCAUUUAUUACAAACCACAAAAUGAAAUAAGGAUUUUAAGUUAUUAAAAUAAAUCAUAAAAUUGA